CGAGGGUUUGUCGUUUAAUCUACCGCUGAAACGCGUGACGCGGCCUCUGCGUCAUCCCUCGUCGUUUAAAUGCGCGGAGUGCAGACGCCCACGAAAAACACGACGAGACUCCGUACUCCGGCCCGGGUUACUGUAUCGGAGCAGAUUAGACAGACACCAGACGAUUAAACCACAGACACUCAGGGAAAGAAUCCCCUAACGUUUCGACCAUAAAUUCUGGCAUCUGUUUGAGAAUAAAGAGCAACAAGCAAAAGGGCAAUACUAUCGUUCGUUGGAUCAUUGUUUUAACGUAGUAAAGUAUUUACAACCCAGAUUUAAAGAAUCAAAGGAACCAGAAGAACGACUUAACUCCAGCGCUCGGCGAAUUCAGAAAACUCUGUGUGAGAGAUUGACAAAACCGGCCUUUUAAACUCACUGCCUUCGGGGAUGGGGCUUCUGUUCGCCAAACUGAUGACUGUGUUCGGAGACAGAGAACACAAAGUAAUUAUUGUCGGUUUGGACAAUGCCGGGAAGACCACCAUCCUCUACCAGUUUUUAACUAAAGAAGCGGUGCAGACUUCUCCCACAAUUGGCAGCAACGUAGAGGAAAUUGCUGUAAAGAAAACACGCUUCCUCGUCUGGGACAUUGGUGGUCAGGAGAGUCUCAGAGCUAGCUGGAACUCGUACUACUGUAACACAGAGAUUGUCAUCCUGGUGGUUGACAGCACUGAUCGAGAACGCCUGACUGUAACUAAAGAGGAGCUUCAUCGCAUGCUUGCACAUGAGGAUCUGCAGAAUGCAUCCGUGCUGAUUUUGGCGAAUAAGCAGGACAUGAAGAACAGCAUGUCUGCUGCAGAGAUCUCUCAGAGUCUGACUCUCAGCUCGCUCAACGCUCGCUCCUGGCACAUCCAGGCCUGCUGCGCACUCACUGGAGAAGGCUUACCAGCCAGUCUAGAUUGGAUGCGCUCCCGUGUUGUGGCGAAUUAGUCCAGCAACGGUGCUUCUUAAACCUCUGAAACUGCUGAAAGAGAGAUCAGGCCUACUUAAGACUUUCAUCCAGCUCUCAGUGCCUCUGUCUGAGUAAUCUUCAAAUACUGAAUCCUGGAGGAACACGCUUCAUCCACUUACUCUGGAUACCAGAACGAGCCUGGAGACUCUGUGUGUGUGUGUGUGUGUGUGUGUGUGUGUGUGUGUGUGUGUGUGUGU